ACUCAGUCUCUAGCUUCCAAAAACUACCUUUGACCUAAUUGAACCCUCUCCUCCAGUCAUUGCUUCACUGUACUUCCCUCCAAGAGGAUAGGAUACCAUAUGGUCAUCAACAGAAGACGAGAACUGUAAGCAAUGAUAUCAUUUUCAUGCUCAUUGACUUCACCAUCACCAUCAACCUCCAUAUCCAAAUUCAUCUCAGACCAUCCACACCUCUCCAUACUGGAAAAACACUGCACCACCAUGAAAGACCUCCAAAAGAUCCAUGCCCAUCUCCUCAAAACUGGCUUGGCCAAACACCCUCUUGCUGUCAGCCCUGUCCUGGCCUUCUGCGCCACCUCCCCGGGCGGUGACAUCAACUAUGCUUACUUGGUUUUCACUCAAAUCCAUAGCCCAAACCUCUUCUCUUGGAACACUAUCAUUAGGGGCUUCUCUCAAAGCUCAACCCCGCACCAUGCCAUAUCACUCUUCAUUGACAUGUUAAUCUUUUCAUCUGUGCAGCCACAUAGGCUCACAUAUCCUUCUGUUUUUAAGGCUUAUGCACAACUUGGUCUUGCUCAUUAUGGAGCUCAGCUCCAUGGGAGAGUGAUAAAACUAGGCCUCCAAUUCGAUCCUUUUAUUAGGAACACAAUCAUCUAUAUGUAUGCGAAUUGCGGGUUCUUGAGUGAGAUGUGGAAAGCAUUUUAUGAAAGAAUGGAUUUCGACAUUGUUGCAUGGAAUUCAAUGAUUAUGGGGCUUGCUAAAUGUGGGGAAGUUGAUGAGUCGAGAAAGUUGUUUGAUGAAAUGCCGCUGAGGAAUACAGUUUCUUGGAACUCUAUGAUUAGUGGGUAUGUUAGGAAUGGAAGGUUGAGGGAGGCAUUGGACCUUUUUGGCCAAAUGCAAGAAGAGAGGAUUAAGCCAAGCGAGUUUACAAUGGUGAGUUUGUUGAAUGCUUCAGCUCGAUUAGGAGCACUUAAGCAAGGGGAAUGGACUCAUGAUUAUAUAAGGAAGAACAAUUUUGAACUGAAUGUGAUUGUUACAGCAUCGAUUAUAGACAUGUACUGCAAAUGUGGAAGCAUUGGAAAGGCUUUUCAAGUGUUUGAAAUGGCUCCCCUCAAAGGAUUGUCAUGUUGGAACACCAUGAUCUUGGGCCUAGCCAUGAAUGGUUGUGAGAAUGAAGCAAUUCAAUUAUUCUCAAGGCUUGAAUGCUCAAAUCUGAGGCCAGAUGAUGUGACUUUUGUUGGUGUUUUAACAGCUUGUAACUACUCAGGUUUGGUAGAUAAAGCAAAAGAAUACUUCUCAUUAAUGAGCAAGACCUAUAAGAUCGAACCAUCUAUUAAGCACUACAGUUGCAUGGUUGACACACUUGGCCGAGCUGGACUACUUGAAGAAGCAGAAGAGCUAAUAAGAAAUAUGCCAGUAAACCCAGAUGCUAUUAUCUGGAGUUCCUUACUCUCAGCAUGUAGGAAGCAUGGAAAUGUUGAGUUGGCCAAAAGGGCAGCAAAGCAUAUAGUUGAUUUGGAUGGAACUGACAGCUGUGGUUAUGUACUUCUUUCGAAUAUUUAUGCUGCCUCUGAUCAGUUUGAGGAAGCGAUGGAGCAAAGGCUUUCCAUGAAGGAGAAACAGAUAGAGAAAGAACCAGGAUGUAGUUUGAUUGAAGUGAAUGGGGAAAUUCAUGAGUUUGUAGCUGGUGGAAGGCUCCAUCCUCAAGCACAAGAGGUCUAUUCUUUAUUGAAUGAGUUGGGGAUGAUGUUUUGAGAGAUGGACUAAGCCUGAACGCAGUAAAAAGAACACAAGAAAUCACAUAUGGAUCUGAAACAAUUCCAGAAUAUAUGAUAGCAUGACAUAGCAUCUCUUUUGGUUCCCCACAAUGCUCUCAGAAAGAAAAAACCACUGCUUUUUCACAAAAAUACUCUUGAAUGUAUAGAGGAUUGAACUGGUAUGAUGUUGCUUCAUUUGUGUCAAUACUUUCACUAAUUCAAAUAUGUACAUGUUUUUUAA